AUGGAGAUGACCGGAGUUCCCGUUGGGCUGAAUUCGCUGAUUUCUGCUAUAAAGUCUUCCGAUGAGAAGAUGGGCGGAGUGUUUUCUGAAAUGCGGAGGUCGACGUGGACGGAGCAGAGGUCGCUGCGUUGGGGGAAGCCCUGGUCCGUGGCUUUCACUGUGAGAUGGAACUGGUGGAGGGGCUGCAGGUCCAAUGGUUUGGCCACGGAGAUGGUGCCAGAGUUGGAGUCAAUGGAAAAGACGUUGCCGGUGUUUCCUAAAAAGAACGAAAAACGUGUUAGAUGGAUUGUGUGGGAAUCUAAGACAGAAGGAUAUUUACAGACCCACAACUAA